ACUCCAUUAAAAAACCUACUCGAGGGUUGAUGGCGAAGUCAAAGAAUAAAAGACAACACAGGCGACUCAGGGAAGGGAGACGUCCGUAAUCGAAGCAUACUUCGAAAUUCCAGACCGGAGGAAUCCACCUACGCCAGUCGAUUUUCGGUAGUCUUUGUUCGAUUUCAGUAAGAGCUCCGCAACCAGUCGUAGCUGAUCGGGAUUUCUGCCUUCCUCUGAAACUCAGCCGCAUAUAAAAUGGAGCAGCAAGGAAACGGACAGGCUCCCGGAGGCAGUUCUGCGCAGAUGCCGUACGGAAUAAAUCCGUAUCAAGCGACUCAAAUGACGGCACUUUCUUCUCCGGCAUCCGCCGCCUCGACCCAAUCUCCCCAAACUGCCGGCUUUUCUGCUUCUCCGGCGCAAAUGGCGCAGCCCCACCUCGCCUACCAGCACAUCCACCAGCAGCAGCAGCAGCAGCUCCAGCAGCAGCUGCAGCAGUUUUGGGCGAACCAGUUCGAAGAAAUCAGCCAGGCGACGGAUUUCAAGAACCACAGCCUCCCGCUCGCCAGGAUCAAGAAAAUCAUGAAAGCCGACGAGGACGUCCGCAUGAUUUCCGCCGAGGCGCCCGUUAUCUUCGCGCGCGCCUGCGAGAUGUUCAUCCUCGAGCUCACGCUGCGGGCGUGGAACCACACCGAGGAGAACAAACGGCGGACUCUGCAGAAGAACGACAUCGCGGCUGCGAUCACCCGGACCGACAUUUUUGACUUUUUGGUGGAUAUCGUCCCGAGGGAGGAUUUGAAAGACGAGGUUCUCGCGUCGAUGCCACGGGGCGCGCUUCCCGUCGGAGCUCCGACCGAAGGCCUUCCGUACUACUAUAUGCAGACGCAGGCGCCUCCGCCGCCCGUCGGGACUCCGGGGAUGUUCGUCGGGAAACCGGUCGAUCCGGCGCUUUACGGUCAGCAGCCGCGCCCGUUCAUGCCGCAGCAAAUGUGGCCGCAGCAACCGCCCCCGCCGCCGGAUUCUUAAGCGGGUACUUAUGCCUGUUUUGCUCAGUGAUCUAAGGAAGAAGAUGAUGCUGGGGAGAUUGUCGUGGUAGGUUUGUGGCCCGGCGGCGAGGCUACGUUUGCUUAACUAUUAGCCCUUUUGUUAUGUCGGAGACUUUUGGCGUUUUGAAAAUUUGUGCGAUCGGAUACACAAAAACAAUGUGUGUGUUUGUUUUUGUGUAGGAAACUCGCGAUUUGUGUUCUAGUUCUAUAUCGGGGCAUCGUUUUGGACCAUUUUUAGGGCUAUGUUUACUUCUAAAUUUUCUCUUUUUUU